GUUCACCCUCUCCCUCCUUCCCUCAGGCGACAGAAGCCUUUAUAACUGCUUUGAGAGGCCAAGGCGGGAUCCUUAUCCCGGGACCUGCCUAAGAAGCCAGGGGUUGCGCGCUCUCACCUUCCACGCGUGGGUUACAAGUUCUCGGUUCACCCCAAGCGCCGCGGCGCCCAGGACCAACCAGAAUGACUACUCCUACAACUGCCCCCAGCGGUUGCCGCACAGACCUGGAUUCCAGGUACCACAGACUCUGUGACCUGUCGGAAGGCUGGGGCAUUGCCCUGGAAACACUGGCCGCAGUCGGGGCUGUGGCUACAGUGGCUCUUAUGUUUGCCCUGAUUUUCCUCAUCUGCAAAGUGCAGGACUCCAACAAGAGAAAGAUGCUCCCCACCCAGUUCCUCUUCCUCCUGGGAGUGCUAGGGGUCUUUGGCCUCACCUUUGCCUUCAUCAUCAAGCUGGAUGGGGCCACAGGACCCACGCGCUUCUUCCUCUUUGGUGUCCUCUUCGCCAUCUGCUUCUCUUGCCUCCUGGCGCAUACUUUCAACUUGAACAAGCUGGUCCGAGGGAGGAAGCCCCUGUCGUGGCUUGUGAUCCUCGGUCUGGCGAUGGGCUUCAGCCUGGUCCAGGACGUCAUCGCCAUUGAAUAUCUGGUCCUCACCAUGAACAGGACCGACGUAAAUGUCUUUUCUGAGCUGCCUGCCCCUCGGCGCAACGAGGACUUCGUCAUGGUCCUCAUCUACGUGCUGUUCUUGAUGGUACUGACCUUAUUCGCAUCCUUCUCCGUUUUCUGUGGGUCCUUCUCUGGCUGGAAGAGACACGGCUUCCACAUAUGCUUCACCUCGUUCCUCUCCAUCGCCAUCUGGGUGGCCUGGAUCAUCCUGCUCCUGAUUCCCGACGUUGACCGGGAAUGGGACGAUACCAUUCUCAGCACAGCCUUGGUGGCCAACGGCUGGGUUUUCCUGGCGUUUUAUAUCCUGCCUGAGUUUCAACAGCUCCCAAGGCAACGGAGCCCCACCGAUUACCCAGUUGAAGAUGCUUUCUGUAAACCUCAACUCAUGAAGCAGAGUUAUGGUGUGGAGAACAGAGCUUACUCCCAAGAGGAAAUCACCCAAGGUCCUGGGGAGAUGGGGGACACACUCUAUGCACCGUAUUCCACCCAUUUUCAGCUUCAGAACCGCCCAAAGGAUUUCUCUAUCCCGAGAGCUCACGCCCCGGCCAGUCCGUACAACGACUAUGAAGGGCGCAGAGGGGACAGCUAACUGUUGGGAAGAGUGGGACAACCAGAGUCAUGCAGCUGGUCCAGGCAGGGGUCCUGCAGAUGUGAACUGAACGCAGGGCAUCCUGGGAAAACUGUACAGAAAGGCUUGCAACCUGCCCAGCACACCCGUCUUGGCUGGGGCGGCUAAGCCUAACAGACUGUCUUCACAGCGCUCUAGGGUUUCAUUUGCCCGAUUCCUAGGAUGCUUCUGGGAGGUGGGAGUCUUGGCAACUCAGGAUGAGACUCUUACCUUUCCCAGGAGUAUAUGCAAACAGCCGCUCACCUGACUACUCACUGCUUGGUCAUCCUCGGAAGCCAGUUCAUCUAACCCAGGGUGGGUUCUACAGGGAUUUGCUCAGCAUCAAGCAGAGCUGAAAAUUUGGACAAACCCAGAAAGGUCUAGGUCUCCCCUUUGUCCAUCUCAGUCCACACUGGAAGCUAAUCUGGCCAUGUCCUCCCAGGCUUUCCUGUCUGGGGAGGAGUGGCUAAAGGUCACGUGUCUACCCUCAGCACACUGCCCCUACAAUGGCCUCAUGGUGCGGUUGCUGAUUUCCAAGGGCCAAACUUGCAGCCAACCCCAGACCUCUGUGUCCUUUGCCAGGAGCUCUUCUGGACAUGACUGGAGUAGUCAAGGCCCGUUUCUCCCUACCAGGAGAAUUUGGGUUUUGUUCUCGCCAUAAAUUCCUAGCACUGGCUCCUUCCCUUCCCCCUCCCCCCGCUUCUCAUCCUCAGUAAUCCAUUCACCCUGACCUUCUGUCUAUUCUUGGGGUGGGAUGCAUUUAUUAUGUAGUAAGUUAUUCACCUGGGUAUGCAAUAAAG